AUGGCUGUUUCUCGCAAUGGCAGCAGCAAUACCGCUCACGUCAAUAUGAUGACGGACAGCGUUAUAGCGAACCUGCCACCCGAUGGUCUGAGAGUUAUUAUACGCUCACUACUGGCAUCGCACCCUGAUAUCACCGCAAGCUUUGAAGACGCAACGCGACAAUACCUCGCUCAGGCCCAGACAAAGACGUCAAAAUCUCUGAUUGCCGGUCUUGAUGUUGGAGGAUUGGAGAAGACCCAGAGGAUAGCUCGCUGUAUGCUUGGGUCUGGGCAAGCGUUUGAUGGUGUUUCUAUUCUCGACAAACUCGUUGUUCGCGGUAUUCAGAUGGCUCUUGACUCACCAGAAACCGAGAAACUCAGAGUUGAUUCACUCCUAGCUUCCUUGGAUGGUGAUUUGGUCCAGGCAAUGACAGCUGUGACGAAGAAGCUUGCUGUGAGCUCGGGGGCACGAGCGCUUUCCCCAAAAGAACAUGAUAUCAUCCAAGCACUGUUUGAGUCUCUUGUGCAGUGUCAACGGAUGCUGAAGGACACAGGCAUAGAUUUUCCCUAUGGAAGGGGAAUGCUGACAACGGCAAACAUCCUGGGUGUUGAUUCGCCGGAGCCGCCAGAAGGAAGAUUGAAUAAGAUCCCUUCGGACAUUUCACGGCCUCUGCCGGCCAAGGAAACUUUUCAACUUGGUGAUAGAAUAUUGCCUCGCAUUUUCUCAGGUCUAUGGCAGAUGUCAAGUCCAGCCUGGGGUUCCGCGCAGAUGUCUCAGAUCAUCGACGGAUUCUCAACGCAUGUUCAGAGUGGAUUCACUGCGUUCGACAUGGCUGACCAUUAUGGAGAUGCUGAAGUUUUAUAUGGCCGCUUUAGAUCUUUGUAUCCAUUUAAAAACGAGAUGUUUACUGCAACGAAGUACUGCGUGUUUCAUCCAAUGACUGUUUCCCGGGAAGCAGUACAAGCCAACGUUAGCGAGAGGUGCAAUAGAUUACAGCAAGAGGUGGUCGAUCUGCUUCAGUUCCAUUGGCAACUUUGGGAUAGUCCCCAGUAUAUCGACGCGCUACAAUAUUUGGCAGAAGACGAACGAGUGGCUCGGAUUGGUUUAUGCAACUUUGAUACAAAACAUCUUGAGCGAGUCAUCGAGAGCGGUGUCAAGAUAUUCACAAACCAAUUCUCGCUAGUUGACUCGAGGCCUACGUUCAAAAUGGCAGAUGCAUGCUCGCGUCAUGACAUUAAGCUCUUGACAUACGGAACUUUGUGCGGUGGAUUCAUCGCAGACAAGUGGCUCAAUCAACCCGAACCAGAUGUCUACGACACCAACAUUACUCCCAGCCAGAGAAAGUACUACGGAAUGAUAUGCAGCUGGGGCGGCUGGGAUCUUUUCCAAGAGCUGCUCAGCGUCCUUCGCACCAUCGCGACAAAGCACAAAGUCAGCAUCUCCAACAUAGCGACGCGCUGGGUCUUGGACUUUCCCUAUGUUGGAGCAGUCAUUAUCGGUGCCAGGAUCGGCAUGAGUGAGCAUACAAGUGACAAUGCUACUACUCUAGGCUGGAGUUUGGAUGAUGAUGAUCGUGGGCUGAUUGAACGGGUCUUGGACCGGAGUAACAGAGCCGAGAUGUUCGAGACGAUGGGCGAUUGCGGUAAUGAGUACCGAUAA